AUGAAGUACUCUUAUGUUGCCCUGGGCUUGAUUGGCAGCGUCCUUGCCCUCCCCGCUCCUCAGGGUGAGCCCCAGCCUACCGGCCCUGCUCCCUCUGGUAUCCCUAGUGGAAUGCCUUCAUUCGGCAACUUGGGUAGAAUGGAGGAGAAGCGCCAGUUUGGUGGUGAACCCUCUGGACCUGCUCCUUCUGGCGCCGCACCCACCGGAGCUCCGUCAAUGGGCGGAUUCGGCGGCUUCGAGGAGAAGCGCCAAUUUGGCGGCGAACCCUCCGCCAUCCCCUCGACCAGCAUGCCCUUCCCCGAACCAUCUGGUGGCUUUGGCGGUUUCCACCGACGUCAGUUUGGAGGUGAGCCCUCUGGUCCCGCCCCGUCUGGAGCUACACCUACCGGACCUCCAUCAAUGGGUGACUUUGGUGGUUUCGGUGGAAUGGAGGAGAAGCGUCAAUUUGGUGGUGAACCCUCCGGACCCGCCCCAUCUGGAGCUGCUCCCACUGGCUCUCCCUCAUCUGGCGGCUUCGGUGGCUUCGGUGGUUUCGACAAGCGCCAGGCUGGCGGUGCUGGUCCUUCUGGCCCUGCUCCAUCUGGACCCGCUCCCACCGGUGCUCCGUCAAUGGUUGGCUUUGGUGGCUUCCAGGAGCGUCAGUUUGACGGCGCCGCCCGAUCUGGCCCGGCACCUUCUGGCCCAGCUCCUACUCCCUUCUAA